AUGAUGACAGCUAUCCUAGCUCGGACUGGCACUUUUGUAAUGGUGGCCAUCCUACUUGAACAGGCCAAAUGUGUAACUUCCUUGGCAUCAUCAGUGCCGCCAGUCUUCCUGCCAACGUCUCAAAGUGCCAUGAUCAAACAAGCCGCCUCAGCCAUUCAGACAGCCUUGUUGGAUGAUAAGAUCCAUCUUCAAACAAUCCGAUUGCCGCUAUCUGAAGCCAUGUACAGCGAGUCCGAAGAAGGAUUCGUGGCGGAUAGAGCCAUUGGUUGGCAGGGUGGUCCUCAAGAAACCUACAGAUAUCUUUCUCCCUUGGUACGACAGUUAUUGCAAUCAGUAGACACUCUUGGUGGUGGAUCUAAUGCUGCAGUGUUGCCACGAAUUCAAGAACAAGUAAUGUUGGACUUUGACGGCAGUGCCCUAAUGACCUCCGAGUCCCCAGCGGGACCUUUGGGGGACGCUCAGGCUUUGAUUCAACCCAACACGGAUGCGUACUAUUACCCCAAGACGAUCCCCACAAUUGAAUCGCAAAUGGUGGUACAAAGCAACGGCACCACCGUGAGUCGACUUUUUCUCUUGGUCAAUCCAGCAUGGAGGGAUGUCAGCAGUUUUGGAUUCUUGGCACCAAAAGAAAAAGUCCAACGAGAUCUUCUAGACACAUAUCCGACAACCUACGCUGUGGAUCAGUUUGUUGUCCGAGGACAAAAGUGCAGUCUUCUCAAAGUAUGGCCCCAUGAUUGGUGUGUCUUUGUGUCGAAUUUGCCCUAUGAUAAUGACAACAACGGUGACAAGUCGUUAGCAACUUUCUUGGGGUCCUUUGAGGAACGUCCCCCGUACAAUGUGAUGGAUGAACUCAUACUGGCCGCAUUGCAAAAGAAGAACUGA